UCAUAAAUUCACAAGAUAAGUGACUAACUUCCUCAUCUGGAUUCAUAAAUGCACAAGACAUACGUGCCUAACCUCACCCCCCACGGGCCUCACCAACAUCUUGACACAAUAUUAUCCAAAAAAGGAUUUCUGUGGUCGAGAUCUCAUAUACUCUUUUCUCAAAUUUGGUGCACUCUGAGUUGUAGUUUCUAUCUUCUUUGGCGUUGAGUUCAUGGCGUCUUCCUCCUCAUCUCACCAAAAGAUUUCGGAAUUUGGUCCGUUCAGUGAAUUUGAAAGGAAAAAAUUCCCUGUACCUAGAAAAUUAUAUGAUGCAUUUAUAAAUCACCGGGGGCCUGACGUGAAAGAAACUGUGGCAGCAGCGCUUCACAAAUAUCUUAAGGAGAAGGAUUGUCUGGCAUUUCUUGAUGAUCGAGAGUUCGAAUUGGGAGAUCCACUUAUCCCUACGAUAGCAAAUGCCAUAUACACUUCAAGAGUUCAAAUCGCCAUCUUCUCGCCUAGAUAUGCAGAGUCCUCUUGGUGUUUAGAUGAGCUGCUUCUCAUGUUAAAAACUGAGGCUCGUUUUAUUCCUGUAUUUUGUGAUGUGAAGCCUGAUGACCUUCGCUAUCUUUACAAGGGAAUUUAUGCACAGGCAUUCCAAAAACAUGAAGAAAACGGUAGGUACAGCGAAGAGAGGCUUCACCAGUGGAAAGAAGCCCUCCGAACUUCUUCAGGCAUGUCCGGUCACAUAUUCAGCACAGCUAAUGGUGAUGUUGAGAUGCUUUGUACAAAGAUUGCCAUGGCUGUGCAAAAAGAGGUUGAAAAUACAAGAUAUUUGGAAGUUGCAAAACAUCCGGUAGGUCUUGACGAGCUAGUGGAGGAUUUCGAAAGGCAGGUUAAAGGCAAAGGGAAUAUUGUUGGCAUCUUUGCAAUGGGAGGCUCCGGAAAAACAACCCUGGCCAAAGAAUUUUGUAACCGUAAGAAAUCUGAAUAUGAUGGAUUAAGUUUUGUGUUUGAUGUUAGAGAGGCAUCUGCUAAAGAUGAAUUGCCGUGUCUUCAAAGUCAGCUCCUCAAAGACCUGUUCAAUGAAGAUCGCAAAUUUCGGAGUGUAGCUGAAGGCACGCCUUUUCUGAGGGAUCGAAUGGGAAGAACGAGAAACAGUUUCCUUAUUGUUCUUGAUGAUGUUGAAGAUCAGAAGCAGCUAGAUGCUCUCUUGUUCAGAAAUAAUGUUAGUCUUGUCAUUGUCACAAGUCGCGAUGAAAAGGUGUUGAGCAAUGCCAGAAUCGGAAUUCGUUACAAAUUGAAAGAAAUGGAUCGAGCUCAUGGAAAAGAACUCUUUUGCUGGAAAGCCUUCGGCCUGCCGAAAGCGCCCCAAGGAUAUGAGACAUUAGUUGAUAGCUUUGUAAACUUGUGCGGAGGCUUACCUCUCUCUAUAGAGGUGUCUGCUGGGAAUCUUUCUGGCACUGAUGAUGUUGCUAUUUGGCAGUCAGAAUUGACAAAAUUUAGGAGCACUCUGCAUCUGGAUAUAAAAGCGAGACUUAAAAUAAGUUUUGACAGGCUAGACCGAGAACAGAAACAAAUUUUUCUGGACAUCGCAUGUUUUUUCAUUGGCCAAUGCAAGAGUAUAGGUAUAAGGAUAUGGAAAGGAUCCGGAUGGAACGCAGAGCACACAAUUCAGACUCUCAAAGAUAAAUGUCUUCUUGAAAUAGAACGGAGCCCUAGGGUGGUACAUCGCUUUGAUGACCCAUUCAUUUUUAAAAUGCAUGAUCACCUCCGAGAUCUAGGCAGGGAAAUGGCAAUAGAAAUGACAAAUCAAGAUAGCUUUCCCCUUCGCCUUUGGCGCCCCCGUGAACUGAAAUCUUUGGAGAUGGAAGGACUGAAAAGCAUCCUCAGUAAAACUAUUGGCAAAAAAUUUAGGUGUUUCAAUUCAAUUUUUGAUUCAUCAUUGGGUUAUAAAAUUACAUAUUUCUUGGGAAAUUCAGAUGAUGGUGAUAGGAUUUUAACUGAUUUGUUAUGGAUUGAGAUUGAAUCCAAUAGGAAUAAAUUUGAAAGCAUUCCUUCGUGGAUUCCUCUGCAAAGCUUGCAGUGUUUAAGAAUCUUCGGCGGAAACUUCUGGAGAUUGUGGAAGGGAGAUGGACAGGUCCCUUACCAGUUGAAAGAGCUGCUGCUUCGUCAAACCCCAUUCUCAGAGUUUCCAAAAGAACUAGGAAUGCUAAAUAAUUUGGAAGACCUAGUCCUACAAACAUGGUGGGAUGGAAUGCCCGUUGAUGCGACGUCCUUACUAGAAUCGCUUGGAAACCUCAAUAAUCUUAGAAGAUUGGUUUUAGGUUGUCGUUUAAAAGGGGAACUGACUUUGAGCAGUAGUGGAUAUCCAAAAAGUGAGUAUAGUGGAGACAGAUGCAUGCAUAAGCUUCAAAGUCUAGUAAUCAGCGAACUAACUUUUUCAUCGAAAGUCAUAGUUAGUGGAGAGUAUUGUCCCCGUCUUGAAGAACUACUCAUCCAUUACGCACCGGAUUUAAAUGAAGUGCAUUUAUGGCUGGUAAAAUCAUUGAAAUCUCUGAAGUUGAGUAAGUGUAGGCAAUUGAAAAGUAUAUCAGGCAACUUGGACGUGGGGCAGCUUCUAGAAUGGAGUAUACAUGAUUGUCCACAGCUGGACGUCUCGGACUCCUUUCAAGUCAAACACUAUUAUAAGCUACCUGUUAAUGGAAUCGAAGACUUGGAAUAUCUCCAUUUUACAAAUGGACAUCAUCGAUACGCGAAUUGGAAUUGGAAUUGGAAAUGCAAGACCCUGCAAAGGACGGUAUCAAAUGGAGGCAUACGGCGUUGCAUUCAGAUAUUGAAGAGUUUGCCGUCAGAGGCGACUACUCUAAUUGGAAGAGCAGUUGAUGGAGCAGAGACAAUUUUAAAUAGACAACUCUUCUCUGGAAUUAUUAGCAGUGCCAACGCAGUGACUGAGAUUCCUCGAACUGGAAAUGGCACUUUCGAGUUCCCAGUGAAGAUGCCACCCGUAUCGAGUGUAAUCAUCACAAGUAUAUUGAUUCAAACCUCAGCGAGUGACCAGACUGUAUAUAUUCGUCUUGGUCCCGAGAAUAUAUCUAGCCUGCUAGAACCAGGAGAAUGGAUAGUUACAAUCGUACUCUCGGGCCCAAAGCAUGUAGAGUAUGGUCGAGAUUACAUUGCGUUCCCUUAUAUGCUUCUGAGUGGUUGUCGCAAAAAGAAAGCGUGUACAGUAACACUGAAAAGAUGGGAAGAAGGAAGUGCCCUGUCUAUAAUAAAAAGGAUAGUUGGUGAACUAUAUGAGGAAUCCACUAGCGGUGAUUAGUUACCUUCACUUGUGCAUCUUCACAAUUCUUUUGGGUUUGAUUUUGCAUAAAUUUAUCUUUGGUUCUGGACAGAGCACGUACACCGUCGUGUACAGAAAAUUCGUACCACUUUAGGCUAUUCUGCAAGGGAAAGGGUUCAUUUGUUUGAUAAGAAUAAGGAUCUUUUGUAUUAUAAAAAUCAAGAUA